UAUCAGGUGAUAGGAUUAUAGGCAGGUAGCCUACACCUGGGAAGAACAACGAUGAGCGGCCUGGUCAAGUGACGUUUGAUCUGCAAACAAUUAAUUCCAGUCCACAAAGAUCUGCGCUCUUUUACGGAAGCCAGCGUUAGUUUGAAUCCUCACCAGAUCACACCAAGUUGUGAUGUGACAGUGAGGAAAGAUCAAGAGGUUUUCAUACUGGAGGGACCUGAAGAGCCAGAGAUAGAGAUACAGAAACAUGGCUAACCCAUUGUUUUCCCAUCCGCCCAAUACCUCCAGCACAGUCCAGUGCUUGAAAUAUGUUCUGUAUUCCAUGUUCCUCUUGAUCCUGGUGGGUGGGUUUGCUGUGCUGGGGAUUGGGAUCUGGACCCAGACCACAGAGUACGGGGGGAGACAACUCUCUAACCUGAUUGGGGCCCACCUUUACCUGAUUGACUCCUACUUGUUCAUCAUUUGUGGCUGUACCAUCCUCCUGAUCACUGUACUGGGCUUCUGUGGGACCUUCCAUGAGAACAAGUGUAUGCUGGAACUGCACCUGUGUAUUAUGGCAUUCUUGUCUAUAACGCUCGUGGUUGGAGGAGGCCUGGGAUUUGCUUUCAGAGAUGAGUUGGAGGUUGGAGUGAGAGAGAAGCUGGUUAAUAGCUUAAUAGAGGGCUACGGAGUGGACGUUCAUUCAAACCCCAGCAACGCUGAGGUCACUAAAACAUGGAAUGCUGUUCAAAGAUCAUUUAAAUGUUGUGGGGCACAUGGUGAUGUUAACUCAACAACAUCCUGGGCUCUCUACAAGACUCAGAGCCACUGGUACACAGAGGGAAAUAAUAUAAAUAACAGUUAUGUGCCCAGAAGCUGCUGUAAGAGCAAUACUAACAUCAGUGUCUGUGUGGGGAUGAUUAGCAAUGAUACUCCACCUAGUGUGGGGCCACCUGUCAUGCAGAAACAGGCUCUCAACCUCAAUCUGUACACUGUGGGCUGCUAUGACAGGAUGGUGGAAACUCUCGAAGCAAAUGGUCUGGUCAUUGGUGUGACAGCCAUCACCGUGGCAACAUUCAUGUUUGUGGAGCUUGUGGUGUGCAUCUGCCUGUACCGACACCUGCAUUAUGGCCGCAGGCGUGCCCUGAGUCAAUUCUUCAAGUGGACUCGCAGUGAGAGCAUGCCGGCCUCUGACUCCUGGAGUCCCAACCCGAUCACGUGAGGAAAUGUAGGACUACGAGUUCGGAGUCACCUUUGUAUUGAGAUUAUCGCACUGUUCAUGUUUUUAAUGACUUUAUUCCGUCCUUUCUGGAGACUUAUUUUUACCAGAUCCUGGAAG